AUUUUCCCAAUAAACCUGGUGUUCGGUCAGUUUCUAUGCAUCUCAACUAAUUUUACACAUACUACAGGUACAAGCACUAGUGAAGUCAGGAAUAUCGUUAAGAGUGUUCACGAAAUAAUAUAUAUUUAUAACAAGUAAUAUUUGACUAAUAUAAGUUUUACUAUUAUUUUUUAUAUAUAUAAUAUAAUUUUUGGAUUAAUGGUGUUCGUCCAUGUUACCUCUGUCCACCAAGUUUGAGACAGAUAAGAAAAAUGACCUAAUGCUUUUUUAUCUUUGUUGGGAUUUAAACAUGAGAUGUCAUGGGUCUCAACUACUUCAUCGACCACUAAGUCAUGCUCUUGGGUUACACUGUUGUUUUUAUUUAAUAUAAUAUUGGCCCGAGAGAAUUUUAAACAGGAAAUAUUGUUAGAUUCAUGUAACCGACCCCAACUAGCUGGGAUUGAGACGUAGUUAUUGUUGGUGUAUAUAUAUUUGUGCUAGCUAAGAAAUGAAUUUUCAAGAUUUCCAGUAAGACUGCUGAAGGGAAUUUCAUUCACAAGGCUAGAUGACACUAGCUAAAUCAAGAAGCUCAAUAUGGAGCAGAGAGCAAGAUAUAGCAUUUGAGAAUGCAUUGGCAACUUAUCCUGAGGAUUCUGCAGAUAGGUGGGAGAAAAUUGCAGGUGAUGUAUCAGGGAAAACCUUAGAGGAAGUUAAGAAUCAUUAUGAAAUCUUAGUCGAUGAUGUGAGCCGAAUCGAGUCAGGUUGUGUUCCUUUGCCUUGCUACAACUCUUCUGUUGACGGGUCAUCGAGCCAUGGUGGUGGUGAAAGAACAGGAAAGAAGAGUGGGAUUUCAGGGAGGUUAAACGGUGAGACAAAUGAUGGAGGUAAGGCUUUAAGGUUGGAGCAGGACCGGCGGAAAGGGGUUGCUUGGACUGAGGAUGAACAUAGAUUGUUCCUUCUUGGUCUGGAAAAGUAUGGAAAAGGUGAUUGGCGAAGCAUUUCUAGAAACUUUGUUGUGACAAGAACUCCUACGCAAGUAGCCAGUCAUGCCCAAAAGUAUUUCAUACGUCUGAACUCUAUGAACAAAGAUAGAAGACGAACAAGUAUACAUGACAUUACUAGUGUUAAUAAUGGAGAUGUCCCAGUACCUCAAGUUCCAAUCACUGGCCAAACAAUUGGUGCUGGAGUAGCAGGUUCUUCUGGCAAAUCCAACAAACAUUCUCAAACAGCACCAAUCGCUCCCGUUGGAGUUGGCAUAUAUGGAACAACCACCAUCGGACAACCAGUAAUUGGACAACUUGUUAACGUGGUUGGCCAGAGGCAAAUUCAGGAUUUGGACAUUAUGAAUUCAAGUUUAGGAUUUUACUAUAGCCAAUCGUGAUCUUCUUGGUAGUUAUCUAGUGAACUUUUUAACAUGCAUACAGGAUGUGAGCCAAAGCUACUGGCUUCGGAUGAACCCAUAAGUUCAACACUACAUCCGCCUCUAUUGUUGGUACACCGGUGAAUCUUGCUCCACCGACAAACAAGUCAUGUGGUGUCCAACCUCCAAUACCAGAAGCAGUGGUUUCUGGUGCUUACAAUGAAGCACAAAUCUACACAUUAGUGACAUUUUUGAAACAUAAGCGUACAAAGACAAGUGAAGAGUCUUAUGCUUAUUCAUGUUUAGUGCUAUCUUCUUCAGUGGUGCAUGAAUAAUAUUUUUCAUCGUCACAUAAACA